ACAACAACAACAACAAAAGAAGUGCAAUUUUUUUCAAGUGUGACCAAGUGUGAAAACAGAAAGAAAUCAAAACAAACGAAAACGAAAACAAGAAACCAAAACAGAGAAGGAGGAUCAAAGCAACUCCAAUUGGAAUAAUGAUAAAGCUGUUUCCCAGCUCCUAUUGUCGGAGGGGUAGCGAUAUCUGAUAGACGAGAGACGUGAAAGACGGGGCACAGGCACACCGACAGACAAUAUGGGUGGCAAAUGCAAAUGCAAAAAUAAAACAAACGAAACGAACAACUGUUUUCAGAGGCCGCUACCAAAAAAAACUACCAACUGAAAAAAUAUACAAACAGCAGCAGCAGCAGCAGCAGCAUUAGAUUAAUCCCCCGUGAAACCGCACCACCGCAAAGGAGAGACGAGGAGAGCAAGGAGUAGGCCAAUAAGAAGAGAAACGGUUCCUAAUACGAAGAAAAACGGAAGCGGAUACAGGAAGGAAGAAGCAGCAGCAGCAGCAGCAGCAGCAGCAGCAAAUAGAAAGAGUGACCCUUUCGCCUUUGCCUUCGUCCAAGCCAAGGUCACAGAUCGAAGAUGGCAUCGCAGGAGUAGCCCACAAAGGAUAUUUACAUAUGGAAAGGGAAUCAAAGAUCCAACUGCAUUUAUCGCGCGCGUGUGUGUGCAUUGUAUUGUCUUGAAUGUGUGAGUGUGUGUCCUUUUUUUGUUGUGAAACUUGAAGGAUGAGCUAAAGGUAACCGAGUGCAAUAGUAACAUAAACGUAACGGGACCUAGAACAAGGAAUAAGCAACAAAUAUUACAAGCAAAAACAAAACAAAAGCUUAAAACAAACAUCGGGCCAUCGUGGGUAGGAAUCGAAAUUCGAAAAUCCAAGUUCUGGCAUUGACAGCACACAUAAGGACCGUCGCGGGGGGCACCCCCUGUGUGUGUGUGUAGGAGUGUCCGCAGCCUGGAAAAGGAAAUCUUUGGAAAUUGGAAAGAAAAAUGAGAAUUAAAAUGCCAGCGGUCCGAAUUGCACAAGAUUCUGACUCCACAGAGAACGAUGCGGUUGCCGCACAGGACAUUCUCACGUGCGGCGCCUGCCAGAAGGCAUUCGCCCUCUCGGACAUUGUCAAGUUCAUCCAGCACAAGGUGCUGCAGUGCAACAAGGAGAACUAUGGCCAGUGCUCCACGCAGGGUCCCCAAAUGGACCGUGACGCGGAGGAGGGCCGACCCCUGAGCCUCGUCAACCGCCGGCCCUCGAUCUCGGGCAUACCCAUCACAGGCCGCAAGUCCGCACCAUCCGUGGUGGUCAGCAGUGGCGGUGGCCCUGGUGCCACGGCUGCCACAGCAGCGGCCGUUGCCGCAGCAGCAGCUGCAGCGGCGGCAGCCAGCAGCACAGCCAGCGGCUCCAGGAUACACACCCCGCCACCAAGUCCCGCGGAUCUGCUGGCCGACGGUGCCAGCAGCACGCCCAAGCGUCUCGUUGACGAGAACGACAACACAACGCCCAAGGACAGCAGCGAGGCGGCGGCCACCAUCGAGGCCUCGAUGCGCGGCAGUCCGGCGGCCAUUGAGCGGCAGGCGGGCGGCGACAGCAGCUGCGAUCUGCUCGAUGAGGAGCAGCAUCCACACACGCCCAAGGUCAAGCAGGAGCCGUAUGCCCCCGACGAGGACAUGUCCCAUCUCGCAGGAUCGCAGCAGCAGCAGCAGGAGCAGGAGCAAUCCGCUGCCGACUGCCAGCCCCUGGCCAAGCGGCCCAAAAUGGAGCUGGUCGAUGCCGAGGCCAACACAGUCCACACAGAGCCCAGCAAUUACACUUGCUCCACAUGCAAGACCCGCUACACAUCCGCGUGGCGCCUCAUCCAGCAUGUCCAGCACUCGCACGGCGUGAAGAUCUACGUGGAGGCCACUGGUGGCGCCACAGCCACACUCACUGUGGCCACACCCGCCGCCCUCAACAACAGCGCCUUGGCCGCAGCUGCAGCCGCUGCAGCGGCCGCUGCCGCCGUCGCGGCUGGCGUCAGUCCACAGCCCGCUGAGGCGGCGAUGAAGCGCAGCAGCCCCGCUGGAGCGGGUGUCGCCUCCGUCUCCAUGUCCACCUCCGUCAGUUCCACAUCCUCCGCAUCGCUGGCCAACACGAGCGGCGGCAGCAACAGCAGCAGCAGCAGCAGCCACGCCAGCGCCAGCGGCAAUGUCAGCAUCAGCGCCUCGUCCCCCCAGCAGCAGCAGCAGCAGCAGCAACAAUUGCAGUUGCAACAGCAGCAGCAGCAGCAGGCGGCGCAGCAGCAACAGCAGCGAGUGCAGCAGCAGCAGCGCGAGAAUCUGGCGUCGGCAAUGGCCGCCGGAAUGCGGCAUCAUCCGCUGCUGGCACCGCCAGAGGCGAUGCAUGCCAAUCCGUUCCAGCUGCUGCGCAUGCCCCUGCCACCGGCGCUGGCCCAGGGCAAUGUAGUUCCUAGCGUGGCGCCACUGUUCGGCCAUGGCCGCCCCUCGCCCGCCGAUCACUAUCGCAUGGAGCAGCUGGUGAGCGAACAGUUCCGGCAUCACGGCUUCAAUCUGGCCGCAGCCGCCGCCGCCGCCCAGGCACAGUUCAAUGCCAACGGGCAGGUGUCCGCCAAUGUUCCUACCGUCGCCAGUGGCGAGCCGCGUCCGCCCUCGAGCUCCAGCAGCGGCAGCCAGCGUGGCUCCGUGCCACCCGCCGCCCUGCCACCGCCGUCGCUCAGCUCCCAGCAGCAGCAGCAACAGCAACAACAGCAGCAGCAGCAGCAGCAACAGGCGGGAGGUGCCACCACGCCUGGUCUGGUGGGAGGAGGAGGAGGAGGAGGAGGAAGUGGCUCCUUGAAGCUGGAACCGCAGCAGAUGGAUUUUUACUCGCAGCGAUUGCGUCAGCUUGCGGGCACAACAAGCCCUGGAGCUGGCAGCAUUGUUAACUCGAGCUCGCCGAGUCCUCGACAGAAGCAAUCGCCGCACUUUGCGAGCCCAUCGCCCUCCCAGAUACCCCAGCAGCAGCAGCAGCAUCACCACCACCAGCGCCCCCACUCGCUGACACCGCCCGAGAAGAGCGGCGGCGAUGCGGGCUCCGAGAACGGCAGCCUGGGCAGCCUGGGCCUCGCGCUGGCCAGCACGCCGCGGUCGGCCAGUACGCCGCCAUCGAAGGGCAGCCUCAACCUGGGCCAGGUGGGAGCAGGAGCAGGAGCAGGCGCAGGAGCUGCAGGGGGCGCAGCGGAGCAGGCCAGCUGCUAUGCGUGCAGCUACUGCGACAAGAAGUUCCGCUUCGAGAACAAUCUGAUCAUCCACCAGAGGACGCACACGGGCGAGAAGCCGUACAAGUGCACCGCCUGCGACUUCGAGUGCUCGCACAUCCAGAAGCUGAUGAAGCACAUGCGGGUGCAUCGCAGUCCUGGCGACGAUCAGGAUGGCCAGGAUGGUCCGGACGACGGCAGCAAUGCCGACUCGCUGGAGACGAACGAGGCGGACAACGAUGAGGACCCCAAUCCGGAUGAGUCCGAGGAGGAGAUGGGCGACGCCGAUGGGGACAAUGAUCCCGAUGGUGACAUCGAUCCCGAUGCGGAUGGCGAGGGCGACGACGAGGACGAGGAUGAGCUGGAUGACUGCGAGGACAUGGACUACAAGGCCGAGGAUCUCAGCGUGAGCAACCGCAUCGACGGCAAGAGCCAGAGCCCCAAGACCACCAGCUCGGGCGCCACCUCCCUGGUCGGCGAGCUGAUGGACAAGUUCGGCCUCUCGAACAUUGCCCAGUACAGCGAGGCGUACAAGCAGGCGCUGCAGGAGUCUGGCCGCAAGGAGGCUGCCUCCGUGGCAGCUGCCGCCGCCGCAGCAGCCGCCGCGGCCGCCGUCGAUAACAACAAUCGUGGCGGCAGCUCCGGUCCGGGCUCCGGCUCGGGAGCGGGUGGCGCUGACAAGAUGAACGGCCUGCCCGUGGCCGCCCUCCGACUGCGCGACGAGUUCGCCAAGAACUGCAACAUGUUCCAGCAGCCGCAGGACGGGCCCGGCCAGGUGCCGCUCUUCAAUCCCUUCCCCAAUCCCUUCGAGCUGAGCAAGCGCAUGAAGAUGGACGGCGGCGACUGGUGGGGCAUGUCCGCCCUGCACCGCAACGAGGCGCUCUUCGAGAACCUCAAGCUGAAGCCGCUGGGCCUGGGCGGCGCCAAUGCGCUCAUCCAGGGACCGCUGCUCAAGAAGGAGAGUCGCCAGCGCAACGACACCUGCGAGUUCUGCGGCAAGGUGUUCAAGAACUGCUCCAACCUGACGGUCCACCGACGCAGCCACACGGGCGAGAAGCCAUACAAGUGCGAGCUCUGCUCCUACGCCUGUGCCCAGAGCUCGAAGCUUACCCGCCACAUGAAGACGCACGGACGCACCGGCAAGGAUGUGUAUCGAUGCCGCUUCUGCGACAUGCCCUUCAGCGUCCCCUCCACCCUCGAGAAGCACAUGCGCAAGUGUGUGGUGAACCAGGGCAAGGCGGCAGCCGCUGCCAAUGCCGUGGCCGCUGCCCAAGCGGCCCAAGCCGCCGCCCAGCAACUCCAAGCCGCUGCCCAGCAUGCCCAGGCCGCCCAACAGCAGCAGCAGCACCAACAGUCGCAGCAGCAGCAGCAGUCGCAGCAGCAGCAGAUGCCCGUGCAGUCACAGCUGUCGCCCAGCUGCCCCAUGGGCGUUGUCGGUUAUCCGCCACAGUUCGGCGUCUCCGUUGGGGGCCACAACCUGUCGCUGCCGGGCAGCGUUAGCGGGGACAACGACUCGAAUGCAUCCUCCAGCCUCACCGCUCAUCCCAUUUCGCUGAAGGAGGAGGCAUGACUUUUUAGCAGCUGGAGCAGCGCGCCACACCCACACCAACACCAGCACCCACACCCACACUCGCAUCCUCACCAACACCCUCAUUUGCAACAACUGCCACUACAUGCGGUACAUCCACACCAGCAUCCAACGCUCUCGCAUUCGCAUCCGCAUCCGCAUCCCCAUCCGCAGCUGCCGCUGCAGGGUCCGCUGGUAACGGCACCGCCGCCAACGCUUCACCAACUGGCGAGCAGCAGCAGUCGCAGUCGCAUCAUGUCGCGCAUCUUUUAAAGGUGUCCACAACUGCAUGUCCUGUGUAUAUAGAGUCCUUCCCCAUCCCUUGCCCCAAGUUGACAUCAAGUUACGGUUAGCAGCAGCAGCAGCAGCAGCCACCACGGAUACCCUGCAACUUUUACAAAAAGAUUGCCCCCAUGCCACCGCACUCCCCGAGAGACACCGCCAGCUGCACUCAGCCAAGCUCCUUGAAGGCGACAACAACAACAACAACAACAACAAAAACAAAAAGGCAACA